AUGCAAGAAGAUCGCCGAAUCGACCACUGGAUCUUGCCUCUCACGUUGGCGCUGCUGACGCUGGCGGUGUUUGGCCGGUCGGUGACCUUCGACUUCGUCAACUUUGACGACUUCGAAUACGUGGCCUCGAACCAGAACAUCAAUCAGGGAUUCAGCGUCGACAGCUUCUUAUGGGCGCUGACUGCCGAGGUUGGCUCUAACUGGCAUCCGGUCACGGUGCUGACGCACAUGGCCGACAGUCAUGUUUACGGCAUUCACGAGGCCUGGGGGCACCACCUAACCAACGUUCUCCUGCAUGCCGCGAAUGCAGCGCUGCUGUUUUUGUUACUGAACUCGAUGACAGGCGCCCGUUGGCGAUGCGUUCUGGUAACCGCCCUAUUCGCGGUCCAUCCUCUACACGUCGAGUCGGUGACCUGGGUUUCCGAACGUAAAGAUGUAUUGAGUACGUUCUUCUGGUUCUCGAGCCUGUGGGCCUAUGCUUGGUACGUCAAACGACCCGGGCUGGGAAAGUAUUGCGUGGUGGCAGUGCUGCUGGCCCUCGGGCUGAUGAGUAAGCCGAUGGUGGUGACGGCACCCUGCUUGAUGCUGGUGCUCGAUUUCUGGCCGCUGCGGAGAUUGUUCGGCCCCGCGGAAACCUUCCGCGAAUCUCUGGCUCGUUCGGUGUGGCUGGUGGCCGAGAAGAUUCCGUUCUUCUUGAUCGUGGCCAUCACGAGCAUCAUCACCUUCAACGUCCAAUACGAUCGGGGCGUGCGUUCGACCGAUGAACUGACCGUCUCAUUGCGGUUCUACAAUAUGAUCGUGUCGUACGGCGACUACAUCACGCAAUUGAUUUGGCCUACGAGGAUGUCGGUGUUUUAUCCGCACCCUGCCUCGAACAUCUCGAUGAUGCAUGUCUUCAUCGCCGGACUCGCCAUCGUAGUGGUUUCUCUUCUUGCCCUGGUUUGGUGGCGGAAGCGUGCUUAUGUGUUGAGUGGCUGGCUGUGGUAUCUCGGCACCUUGGUUCCGGUUAUUGGGCUGGUACAAGUCGGGGGAGCGGCCCGGGCCGACCGCUAUACCUAUGUGCCGCUGGUGGGAUUGUUCAUCAUCAUUGCGUGGGGGCUGCAAGAGUACGCCACAUCGGGGCCGCGCUUUCGGCGAUGGGUCCCCGUUGCCUGCGGAAUUUGGAUUGUCGUGCUGAUCGGCCUCACCUGGAAACAACAGGGUUAUUGGAAGAACUCGCUAACUCUGUUUGCCCAUGCGGCUGCUGUGGCCGAUGGAAGAGGAAACUUCUUGGCUCACUCGGCCAUGGGUACGGCCUAUAAGCUUCAGGGGAACAACGAGGCCGCGAUAGAAGAAUAUGACAAUGCUCUGCGGCGAUACCCUCAGGAUCGUGUGGCCAUCUUCAAGAAGGCCACCGUGCUGCAAGACAUGGGCCGAUAUGAAGAGGCGGCAGAAUAUUUUAAGGCGGUGAUUGCCUUGGGGCUCGAUGGGCCAGGAGAACGUGUUGCCCUGGGGAAUGUGUUGAUUGAACUGGGGAAGUAUGACGAGGCCAUCGAACACUUCCGCACCGCGAUAGUGAUUCAGCCGAGCCCAUUCACCGAAGUGAUUCUGCGAGAGCAGGAACCCAGAAUCCAAUUGGCCCUCGCGCUGCAAGCCACCCAACAAUACGAAGAGGCCGUGAAAGUCUUUGAAGAAGGACUGCAAGAGACCCCCGAGAAUCCCGACCUGCUGAAGGAAUACGCCUGGUUGCGUGCUACUUGUCCCGAGGAACUGCUUCGGGAUAGAGAAGCCGCGGUUACGAUGGCCCGACAGGCGUGCAAUCUUUCGAACAACGAACUGCGGGCACUCGACGUCUAUGCGGCUGCGCUGGCUAACAACUUGCGAUUUAGCGAGGCGGUGCGUGCUGAGCAGCGGGCCAUUGACCUAGCCAACCUGCAGGUCGAAGCGAUCGAAGAGCAACUCUCCAGCAAAGACUGGAAAGAGUGGGAGAAACCUCCGAAAGAAAUGCUCGUCCAAGUGAAGAGCAUACUUGAAGAGGCCGAAGAGAGGCUUCAACUCUACAAGCAAGCUCGCCCUUACCGUCAGGAGCCCCCGGAAGACGCUGAGCAUGAAACUUUCUUUAGAUUCAGCGCCGGCAGGCUGAGCACAACGCUUGCCCCAUCGACUCUUAUGAACCUCGAACAGCGCAAAUCUCACCCUGCAAUUACCGCCGGAAUCUUGGCGGCCCUUGCGCUGAUUACUCUGUGCAUCUUUUGGUCAAUUCUCUCACAGGGCUUUAUUCACUACGACGAUCCGCAGUACGUGUUUGACAACCAACAGGUGCGGCAAGGGUUUACCUGGUCGACUUUUGUAUGGUCGCUCAGUUCUCAAGUGCAAGGCAACUGGCACCCCGUGACGAUGUGGACUCACAUGCUCGACUGCCAGUUGUAUGGCCUGCAGCAUCCUGGCGGACACCACUUCACCAGCCUGGUCAUUCAUGUAAUGAAUGCCUUGAUGCUGUUUUGGUUCCUCCGCAUAGCCACGGGCGAUGUGUUUGCUGCGGCCUUUGUUGCCGCAUUGUUUGCCUGGCAUCCAACCCGGGUUGAAUCGGUGGCCUGGGUCUCGGAGCGGAAGGAUGUGCUCAGUACGUUUUUCUGGUUCUUGAUGCUGCUGGCGUACGUGCAUUACACGCGACGUCCCGGGUGGCUGCGGUACGCACUGGUGUUCGUGCUGCUGGCCCUAGGGCUAAUGAGCAAGCCGAUGCUGGUUACGGCCCCGUUUCUGCUGCUUCUGCUCGAUGUGUGGCCGCUGGCUCGCCUGUGGAUGCGCUCGACCUGGAAGGACACUGGGGCACAACUGGGUGCUCUGGUGCUGGAGAAGUUGCCGUUAAUCGUGCUGUCGGUAGCCUCCUCUGUCAUUACUUUCCGCGUUCAACGCUCCGGCGGAUUUGUGAUUUCGCUGCAGCGGCACGAUUUCGGCGAACGGCUCAUCAAUGUAAUCGACACUUACGGCAACUACUUAUUCAACACAUUCUGGCCUACGCAGUUGGCCUUGAUGUACUCGAUGCCGCGAGAGAUCCCGCUCACCACCUGGACGAUUCUCUCGGCUUCGGUCCUCGUUACGUUAUCGGUACUGUCGAUCGUUUGGAUUCGCAAACGGCCCUACUUCUUUGUCGGCUGGUUCUGGUUCCUGGGAACUCUGGUGCCGGUUAUCGGAGUGGUGAAGGUGGGUGCCCAAUCGAUGGCCGACCGUUAUACCUAUGUGCCGAUGAUUGGAUUAUUCAUUAUCGUGACCUGGGGCUGUCGCGAGCUUCUUUCCGGCAUUUCAUCCAAGCCGAUCAGGCGCGCGAUUGCCAUGGUCGCGGGAUCCGUAGUAUUGAUUCUCCUCGCAGGCUUAAGUGUGAAGCAGGUCUCAUAUUGGCAGAACGAGUUGAUCCUUUACUCCCGUGCUUUGGAAGUAACCGAGAAGAAUUACCUUGCGCAUUACAACUACGGUAAUGCUCUGAUCAAAUCCGGGCGACUGAACGAAGCACUGAAGCAUUUCACAAUCGCCUUGGAACAAGAACCUGAGCACAGCGGGACCCAGUACAACGCUGGAUCGGCACUUGCGUUGCAGGGUCGCUGCACCGAGGCCCUGCCCUACUUUAAGAAUGCUAUUCGGUAUGGCAACGACAGUGCUCGUGCCUGGUAUGAAUUGGCCUACUGCGAACAGCGAAUCGGCUUGCUUAAAGAAGCAUUGGCCCACUACCAACAGGCACUGACUCGCGACCCGAACAUGCGUGAGGCUCGGCUUGGACUGGGCAAUGUGUUGGCCCGUCAAGGCGAUACGACCUCUGCAUUGGCCAUCUACACAAAUGCUCUUGGCCAGUGGCCAAGUAGUCGCUUAACGGCGGCACGCUUGAUUUGGCCGUUCGUGCUUCGAACCAAGCCGUAG